AUGAUCAAUCUCCGACUGAGCGCAGUUUUUGCUGCGAUCACAUUGAUCCUUCUGGUCUUUCUACAACUGCUGGGAAUGGUGCAACAUACUGAGCAAAUCCCCGAAUCCAGCUUUACUCGAAACUUCAACAGAUGGAAGAGCAGAACGAGUGCUGCGGCAGCAGCUGAUAACCUGUUUCUGGUGGGUGCCGGAAAGGCCGAUGUGACUGGUCCAGUAGUCGAGGUUGAUUUCAAUGGCUAUGCUAGCCUAGAUCAACUGGGAACGGGUCUUCGUCAGCGGAUAUAUUCACGUGCUUUUAUAUUUGCAGACCCAAAGACUCCCGAGGAUACCUUCAUCUAUCUGGUUCUCGAUACUCUUGCAGGUGACACUGCUGUACGAGAUGGAGUCUUGCAGGGGCUUGCAGCGCUUGGGAGUGACUAUGCACGAUAUGGCGCGCACAAUCUAGCGCUGACGGGCACUCACUCCCAUUCUGGACCUGGAGCAUGGAUGAACUACUUACUGCCUCAAAUCCCGACCAAAGGAUUCGAUAAGCAGAGCUACCAGGCGAUUGUCGACGGCACGGUCUUGUCCAUUCAACGUGCGCAUGCAAGCCUUACCACAGGGCGUCUAUCCUUUGGGUCCAUUGAUCUUGAAGAUGCCAAUAUCAACCGUAGUCCAUACUCAUAUGAUCAAAACCCCGAUGAAGAAAAGGCUCGCUAUUCGGCCAAUGUGGACAAAACAAUGACCCUGCUUCGCUUCGACCGGGACUCUGAUAAUAAGACCACUGCAAUUUUGACAUGGUUCCCCGUUCACGGAACAUCCAUGUAUAACAAUAACACCUUGGUCACCGGGGACAAUAAAGGUGUGGCGGCCUAUCUCUUCGAGCGCAGCAUCGAUGGAGACAAUAGAUUCGCAGAUGAUGUGGUCAUUGGAUUUUCCCAGUCCAACGUCGGAGAUACCAGUCCCAACGUCUUGGGUGCCUGGUGCGAGGAUGGCUCUGAGGAGAUGUGCACAUAUGAAGACAGUACCUGCGGUGGCACAAAUGAGGCCUGCCACGGCAGGGGCCCUUUCUUCCGAGUCAAGGAUAACGGCGCCAAGAGUUGUUUCGAAAUCGGCCGGCGCCAAUACUCGGCGGCCAAAUCACUCUACGAGCAGAUGAGUUCCAACGCCACAAUCAUUACCGGUAGCUCGGGUGUCAGAUCUUUCCAUGUAUUCAAGGAUCUAAAUGGUUACUCCUUCCCGUCUCCGUUUAAUGGCAGCAAUCUGACUACAUGCCCCGCGGCGCUGGGGUAUUCAUUCGCUGCUGGAACCACAGAUGGCCCGGGAGCAUUUGAUUUUACUCAAAAUUCGAGUAGCCCAGCCACUGGAAACCCACUCUGGCUCGUUGCUCGGGCAUUCAUUCACCAGCCUAGUGCGGAACAGGUAAGAUGUCAAGGAGCGAAAGACAUUCUCCUAGAUGUUGGAACCCUCACAUUGCCGUACGCUUGGGCCCCAGACAUUGUAGACAUUCAGGUUCUCCGAGUGGGGCAGCUGUUUCUCAUUAUCUCGGCUAGUGAAGCUACGACUAUGUCGGGCCGUCGCUGGAAGGAAGCUAUUCACAAGGGUGCCCGAGACACGCUGGGUAUCUCUGAUCCUCAGGUCGUUCUAGGGGCACCGUCUAACAGCUAUGCCCACUACGUUGCGACAGAAGAGGAAUACCGCGUACAAAGAUACGAAGGAGCAUCAACCCUGUAUGGUCCGAAUGCGCUUGCAGCCUACAUCAAUCUCACUCUAACAUACCUGCCGUACCUCGGCAGCGCCGACGAUAUUGCGAAUCUCCCGGCCAUCGGCGCAGGCCCUAGCCCACCUGUCAAUACCAACAACUCCCUUAGCUUCAUCACAGGUGUGGUUUAUGACAAUGCUCCUUUUGGAAAGUCCUUCGGGGAUGUUAUUACGAAUCCCAGCAGCAGGACUUAUGGACCUGGCGAUGUCGUUAACACGACCUUUGUUGGCGCCAAUCCUCGGAAUGACCUUCACCAAGAAUCAACAUAUGCAGCAGUUGAAAUUUACAACUCGAGCUCUGGCGACUGGGAGGUGGUGCGAGACGACCGUGACUGGAACCUCCUCUUCUUGUGGGAGCGAACCAGUAGUGUUCUUGGAUACAGCGAUGUCACGAUCCAGUGGACGAUCGAGGACAGUUAUUACAGUGUGGAUAGCCCGAAUGCUUUACAGGCUGGAACCUAUCGUAUGCACUAUUACGGGGACUCAAAGGAUGUCCUUGGGAAUAUUUCACCCUUUGAGGGCAUUGGGGGAUCCUUUACAGUGGCGUCUUCGUAA